GGGAGAGGGCUGGAACCCCGCGGCGGCGGCGGCGGCGGUCGGAGAGCACCACACCCCUCAGCGCGGGCCUUUCUCCGUCCCUCGCCCGUCCUUCAUCGCUGCUGCCUUCCGGAUGCGCGGUGCUCUGGACCAGCCUCACCUCCAGCUCUUGACAGCUCGGCUAACUUCUAUUCAUCCUUCAAAACCCAUCUCUGGUCGUAUCUUCUUUGUUGCCUUCCUCGGUCUGUAGCCUCCGGCGCAGGAUCCGUGUUCUGUGUUUAAUCGCUGUACACACCAGACCCAACAUAAGGCUUGGCACAGAGUAGUUUGUCCUCCAACGAUAGCGAGAAACUGUGUCUUCAAUGGCCUCAUUGGUGGCUUAUGAUGACUCAGAGUCAGAGGCUGAGACUGAACCUGCGGAAAGUUUUAAUGCUGCCGGCCAGGUGAAGGACACCUCUGAUGUGGUCAAACCUCGUGGGCAGGAUUUUGCAUCAGAAGCCCCAGGUGUGACAGAAGGGGCAGCACUGCCCACAAAGCACGGUUCUCAUGAAGACCCAGCUGGCCAUCGUCUCCCCCUGGUUCGGCUCUGGAGAAGUGACCCAGGAUCUUGCCCCAGCCAGAGGCUACAGUGGCCCAGAACAGAGCCUGAAGCCACCUUCCCCACAGGCAAGCCUCCUCGACCUUCCCUGUGGACCAGCCACGUUCCAGCUGGCCAUGUGCCCCUGGCAGCUGCCCGCUUUAAGCAGGUGAAACUCUCCUGGGGAACUUACGACUCCCCCGAGCCAUCGUCCUGUGCCCAAACCAAAUCUGAAACCCCAGGUAAAAAUGGCAACUCUCUUCAGAGGAAAAGGUGUGAGGACUGUGUCGUGCCCUACACCCCCAAAAGAUUAAGACAGUCGCAGGCAUUAAGCACAGAAACAGGCGAGAGUAAAGAUACGGAGGCACAGGGUCCCUCUGUGGGGCGUGCCCCGGCCCCUCUCUGUGUGGCCCCCAGAGUGUCCGAGUUUAUUGAGCCAUACUUGGACAGUCCGUAUCGAGAAACCACGAUUCCCAGGAAAGUGCUUUUCCACCUGAGAAGCCACAGGGGCCCCGUCAACAGCAUUCAGUGGUGUCCAGUCUUCGCCAAGAGUCACAUGCUUCUCUCAGCUUCCAUGGAUAAAACCUUCAAGGUGUGGAAUGCUGUGGACUCAGGCCGCUGCCUACAGACCUACUGCCUGCACAGUGAGGCGGUGCGGGCCGCCCGGUGGUCCCCCUGUGGCCGGCGCAUCCUCAGCGGGGGCUUCGACUUCGCCCUACACCUCACGGACCUUGAAACAGGAACCCAGCUCUUCAGCGGUCAGAGUGACUUUAGAAUCACUACUUUGAAAUUUCACCCGAAAGACCACAGCCUUUUUGUGUGUGGAGGCUUCAACCCCGAAGUCAAAGCUUGGGAUAUAAGGACCGGCAAGAUGUUCAGUGCUAAAGGAGUCCCCCCUUGUCCACAGGGGGUACGUUCCAAGACCCCCAGCAGAGGCCUGAAACCACAGGUGGUGAGAAGCUACAAGGCAACCAUCCAGCAGACCUUGGACAUCCUCUUCCUCCAGGAAGGCUCUGAGUUUCUGAGCAGCACGGACGCUUCGAGCCGGGACUCUGCUGACCGCACCAUUAUUGCCUGGGAUUUCCGGAGCUCUGCCAAAAUCUCCAACCAGAUUUUCCACAUGUCUGUGAUCAUUCUCCCUGGGCUGAAAUCGAGGUUUUGUCAGGGCGCACUGCUUCUGGAGGCUCGGGGGGAGUCUGCCCCCUCUUCCUCACGCUGGCCUCUUCAGACCCCUGCCACUGUAUCUGUGAGUGUGAUUGGCCGCCUCCCUUUACAAGGACACACAUGAGUGCACUUAGGGCGGUAAUAGAGGAUGACAUCCCCACCUCAAGAUGCUUGACUUAAUUAUAUCCGCAAAGACACCCCCUCCGCCCUUUUGCCAUAUAAGGUGACAUUCACCGGUCCCAGGAAUCCGCUACGUGGAUGGGAGUGUGGGGGUCAUUUUUCCGUCCACCACUAGGGCCGUGAACCAAGGGGUGCCAGUAAGGACAGGAAAACAGAUUACCCCCCCCAGAGCCUCCAGAAGGAACACGGCUCUGCUGACACCUUGAUGUUAGCCCAGGGAGACCCAUGGCAGACGCCUGACCUCCUGGACUCUAAGAGAAUAAAUGUGUGUAGUUUUAAGCCACCGAGUUUGUGGCAUCUUGUUAAGCAGCCGCAGGAAAGCCGUGCAGACCUCUAAGGCCAGGCCUGGGGGUGGGGCCCAAGGCUCCAGGAGCAGGGCGCUGGGUGACGUGCCUGGCGGAGGCAGAAGGCCCAGCUGGGGCCUUUUUCCUGCCUCCCUGUGGCCUCACGUCUUUCAGGAGAGAUACACCUGCCCCAGCCUCGCCUCGCAUCCGCGGGAGCCCGUGUUCCUGGCACAGACCAACGGCAACUACCUGGCCCUCUUUUCCGCCGUGUGGCCCUACCGGAUGAGCAGAAGGCGGCGCUACGAAGGACACAAG